UAUCUUCGUGUUUCGGAGAUUUGUUCCACUUCCGCCCAACAAAUAUACUCGUACUUUUGGUUCCCCGUCUACAGGAACGACACUCUUUCCGUGUCGCCUAAAGUGGAGCUCUAGCGUCGCGACGGUUAUCUCAGGAAUCACACCAGAGUGGUCCUCUAUAUCCAACCCUCCAAAGAAUUACGAGUCGCCCACCCCAGCGUUGUGUGGGAAAGCAAAACUAGCGGCUCACAACCGACCAGGAUUUCCAGUGAACCUUAGAAGGAAAGCGAAAGAAAAAAGAAAACCAUAUUCAGAACAAGAUGGCCUCCACGGAGCAAACAUACCCGGUGCUACCCAGCACCUUACUCAUCAUCUCCCUAAAGAUGUACUUUACACCCACCCGAACACUAGAUUAUCUCCGUGCCCUCCUCGACCCCAAAAAUGACAUUGUCCGGCCAGAGAACCGCUCCAAGCUGCUGUUGGCCUUGAUCCCCGACUUCCUAACCAUCUACCCCAGCAGCGAGAUCAUCAAAAACUAUGAAUCCAGCCUAGCCCCUCAGGAGGCCAAGACUCUACCACCCCCGUUCCUCCUGGGCGCCCAGGACUGCUUCUGGGAACCGCUGGGCGCCUACACCGGGGAAGUAUCCCCACUCGCCCUCCGCUCCAUGGGUGUCUCCAUCGUCGAACUAGGCCACGCUGAGCGCCGCUCCAUCUUCGGCGAAACAGACGACCAGACAGGCCGCAAGGCCGCCGCGGCCUCCGCGCACGGUAUGGUUCCGCUCGUCUGCAUUGGCGAGGUCACAGCGCCAGGCCCUGUAGCGUCCCAGGCCGUCGGGCUCGCCGUACGCGAGUGCGAGGUGCAAGUCCGCGCAGUCCUGAAGGCCAUCCCCGCCCAUGCGCCUGUGAUCUUCGCCUAUGAGCCUGUGUGGGCGAUAGGGAAACCAAAACCGGCUGGAGUCGAUCACAUUUCUGCCGUUGUGGACGGUAUCAAGGCGGUGAUUGGGGAGCGGCCUGGUGACGUCCGUAUUUUGUAUGGGGGAAGUGCCGGGCCGGGCCUGUGGGGCGCGGGCGGUCUGGGGAAAGCCGUUGACGGCAUGUUUCUGGGGAGAUUCGCCCAUGAGAUCGACGGUGUGCGGAAGGUGGUCAGGGAAGUUGAGGAGACGUUGAACGUUGCUUGAAAUCUUUUUUUUCUUUCCUUCUUUCUUCAUUCCCCCUUCAUAGUAAUGCGUUUUCGUUAUAUGAAUUGCAUAUGCAUAUCAUAGAGGGACGAAAAUCAUGGUUCUGCGGUCGGGUGACGCAGUAUACGAGCUUGGAUUGUUUGGCCAUUUUAUUACCCCUGCUCUCUUCUAUUAAUUUUACCUUGUCCCUUG